UCACUGAGCUGGUGCAGUGCAAAAACGCUCGCUCAUCCUCACCGAUGGUGUGCAGAACAAGGGGGACAUAAAAAAAACCUUCUGAAACUAAAAAACAUCCACAUCCUUUUCUUAAGCAAACAAAAAACCCACCACAAAAAAACAUCAUCAUGAGCUACGAUUCCUUCUACUCCUACCGCCGCCCUUGGGACAGCUACAGAGGCUCCCAGUCCACCACCAAAUCCUCCAUGUCUUCCUCCCUCUUCUCCUCUUCUCGAGCUCCUCCGUCCGGGAAAAGGAUCCUCAGGCUGGCCUCCUCUUCGCUGCCUGAUGGGUCAGAGCGGAUGGAUCUGGCUCAGGCCAGCACCCAAAACACAGAGCUUCUGGGGCUGCGCUCCCAGGAGAGGGAGCAGCUGGUGGACCUGAACGAUCGCUUCGCCACCUACAUCGAGAAGGUAAGACACCUGGAGCUGCAGAAUCGAGCCCUGCAAGCUGAGCUGGAGGCGCUGAGGAGGCGGCAGAAUGACCCGUCCCGUCUGCAGAUCCUCUACGAGGGGCAGGCGCGGAGUUUGAGGGCCAUGAUAGACUCGGAGAACGGGGACAAGAUGAGGAUGGAGGCGGAGAGGGACUACCUGCGCGACGUGUAUGAGCAGAUGAAGGAGCGGUAUGAGGACGAGGCCAGGAGGCGGAUGGAUGCUGAGGAGGCCCUGCAGGGGGCCAGAGAGGAGGCCAGCAGGACCGUACUCGCCAACUGUGAUGCCGAGGCUUCAGUGGUGUCUCUGUGCGAUGAGCUGGUGUUCCUGAAGAAGGUGUUCGCAGAGGAGCAGGCCGAGCUGCAGGCCCAGCUGCAGGUGGCGAACAUCAGCGUGGACGUGGAGGUGUCCCGGCCUGACCUCUCCACCGCCCUGCGAGACAUACGGCAGCAGUACGAGCGGCUGGCGAACAAGAACAUGCAGGCCGCCGAGGACUGGUACAAGAGCAAGUUUGCAAGUGUGGUGGAGAUGGCCAGCAAGAACAACGAGGCCGUGCACGCCAUCCGAGAGGAGACCAUGGAGUACCGGAGGCUGCUUCAGUCCCGAUCCUCGGAGAUCGAAGCUCUCCGGAACGUCAUCGACUCCCUGAACAAACAGCUGGAGGAUCUGGAGGAGACGCAGGCGAAGGAGGUGACAAAGUACCAGAUAAGGAUAAGUGAGCUGGAGCGGGACAUCACUGAAGCCAAGCACGAGAUGGCGCGCUACCUGAGGGAGUACCAAGACCUUCUCAAUGUGAAGAUGGCUCUGGACAUCGAGAUAGCUGCUUACAGGAAACUUCUGGAAGGUGAAGAAAUCCGACUGGCGUACCCUUCCCUUCCAGCCCUAAACUAGAAAUGCCACCAGCCUGGCAUCAACCUGAAUUCUUCAUCCCCUGACCUGAACAUCCCCCCUCCCUUCCCCUCCCCUCCUCAUUUUACACCUCUCCUCUAUCAUCCCCUCCUGCCCCGAUAAUACCGUCUUCUCUUCUCCCCCCCUCCCCAAAACCGAACAUCAAACCAAAGCUCAUCCUCCUCAAGACAGAUGCGCCCUUGUGUGACACAAGAGGUCCAACAGAAGUCCCCCUUCUUCUACACACGUUCUGACACCACAUCAUGAAGACGGAGUGGCUGCACUGCAUUCGUCACACAGCUACGUCGGACGGCAGUAUUGUUUCGGUCGAGUUCCUCGCAGUCGAGUGUGUUAAGGUCCAAGCAGCAGAGUCCCCUUUAGACCCGUCCUGACCCCCUCACCGUGCAAACAUCUGACCAAGUGUUUGUGAAGGAGGACGAAACAUCCUGUAUCGCUCACUGCUUGGACUUUCUCUGCUUCAAGUGAAACCUGUGAGAGCUCUACCAAUCAAUGAUGCAUUGUCCUGCACCCCUGGUUCUGCAGUAGUAGUCAGUGAACCAGUAACCUUAACACUUUCUUUUCACUAUCUUAAAUUAGAGACCCAUUUUUUGUCCUUUCUGUUGUUCUUCCUCUGCAUUUACACCCACACACACAACCACAAGCUUUUCAAAACCAGAAUCAGUUUGUGUCUUUCUAAUAAUUGGCAGGUUAUUUAAAAAAAAAUGUCUAAUCAACGUUAUCUUGUCUCCGGACACGUAAAUGCUGUGGAAGACUACUUGUUACUGGGUUCUCCUUAUCUGUAUGCAGUGUGUCUCACAGCCUAUCUGCAUUCUGGUUGGUUUUAUUCUGUUCUGUGAUUUCAUUCGAGCUAAAAGACGAAACUGAAAGAAAAGUGCAGGAGCUCCUUGUUGUCUGUCCGCUGAUGUUAGGACUAAGAGAAACUAAUACCAAGUCUGCACCAUCACUAGGUGUACCUGUAACGGCCAGCAACAAGCUGAAUAAACAUAUAACUGACCUGCAAAUC